GCGGCUCCCUCGCCAGCCCUGCGCGCUCCGCCGCCCUCUCUGCACCGCCGGACAGCGUCAUGAAGCCGGCGGUGCUGGAAGUAAUGAGGAUGAACCGGGUGUGCAGGAUGGUCCUGGUCACUUCCGUGGGCUCCUUCAUCCUCGUCAUCUUCUAUUUCCAAAGUAUGUUGCACCCAGUAAUGCGUAGAAAUCCAUUCGGGAUGGACAUUUGCUGUCGGAAAGGAUCCAGAAGCCCUCUCCAGGAACUGUAUAAUCCCACCCAGUUGUCCAACACAGCAAUUCUCCAUCAGAUCAGACGGGACCAAGUGACAGACACGUGCCGGGCAAACAGCGUGUCCAGCAGGAAGCGCCGCGUGCUGACACCCAACGAUCUCAAGCACCUGGUCGUGGAUGAGGAUCAUGAAAUGAUCUAUUGCUAUGUUCCCAAAGUGGCCUGCACAAACUGGAAGAGAGUCAUGAUGGUUUUGACGGGAAGAGGCAAGUACAACGAUCCGAUGGAAAUCCCGGCCAACGAAGCCCACGUGUCUUCAAACCUGAAGACCCUCAACCAGUACAGCAUCCCAGAGAUCAACCACCGCUUGAAAAACUACAUGAAGUUCCUCUUUGUGCGUGAGCCUUUUGAAAGACUGGUGUCAGCCUACAGGAACAAGUUCACCCAGAAGUACAACACUUCCUUCCACAAGCGAUACGGCACCAAAAUCGUGCGGCGCCAGAGGAAAAACGCAACCCAGGAAGCUCUGCGGAAAGGGGAUGACGUGAAAUUUGAAGAGUUCGUGGCUUAUCUCAUCGACCCACACACCCAAAGGGAAGAGCCCUUCAAUGAGCACUGGCAGACUGUCUACUCCCUCUGCCACCCUUGCCACAUCCACUACGACCUCAUAGGAAAGUACGAAACGCUCGAAGAGGAUUCGAAUUACGUUCUGCAGCUGGCAGGAGUAGGCAACUACCUGAAAUUCCCCACCUAUGCAAAGUCUACGAGAACUACUGACGAAAUGACCACAGAGUUCUUCCAGAACAUCAGCUCCUUGCACCAAACGCAGCUGUAUGAAGUCUACAAACUUGAUUUUUUAAUGUUUAAUUACUCAGUGCCAAGCUACCUGAAAUUGGAAUGAGGGAUGGGUUGGGGGGAAAGAGGGAAGAGAAAGCCUGUUUUAUUUAAGAUUUUUAUUUGUCAUAAUAAAUAUGGAGAAUGGGUUAUUUUGUAAAUUAAUAUUUUCUUUUUUUGAAUGAUGCUGCGAGCAGCACAGUCAAAAUUAUUUAAAUCAACUGUAAGAAAGGACAGCUCUCUUUGCAGGGUAACAGGAUUGUGACGAUCUAGCUGUAGAAAUGAAUUAUACUGCUACACUGUUUAAACAAAUGUUAAUUGUGUUCUGGUGAAUUUCAUUGAUCUUGCAUUCCUCCAGUUCUAAUUAAUGUUAUUUAUACUUAUUUAAAACAUUGUCUCUUGGUAGGUUUCACUUCAGCAGCAGAGAUAGGAUAACAUGUGGACAAAAGGAGUCUGAUUUUGUGCUUUCCUCGCCUGAGCUUGUUCUGGGUAAUAAUAUUCUUCCAUUAGCCAUUGAUGCAGGUAAAUAUGGGAAUGGUUCUGAAAACCACAUGCUUUGAGAAGAGUGGUGAAAAUAAGUUCUUUAGAAAGUGAUGUUGCACUCAAUAGCAGUACAAAAUCUAUCUUUCUAGGCCUGAAAAGUAACUCAGAUUUGGGUAGAUUCGUGAUAUCUAAAACGCAUGACUGAAAGAAUUGUGAAUGUAUUCCUUAGGAAGAGAAACAAUGAACCUUUUGUAAGUCUUAAUGAGUUUAUGGACAGUAUGACCAACCCCAUUGUAUCUUAAUUUGAAGCCUCCUAGCCCAAAUGAUUGAGGAUGGUCCAUCAGAAAAGAAUCAGAAUUUGGAAAGUGACUGUAUGAGAUUUUUUGAAUGCCCAAAGCAAUUGGUAUUGACUUAAUUCAUAUCCAGGAUGGAGCUGUGGGGACCUCCAUCCUCUUCAAGUCGUGCCUCCCUAAUUGAUCCUAAGAUGAGCAACCAGAACUGUCUGGAGAUGAUACAUUGCUUUAAACAAUCUGAGCAUGUAAUUUGAAAAUUCAAAAAGUCAUCUUCAUGUUAAUUCUCUAAGUAUGCAAGGCAAUAAAAAGGGUCUCAUCUUCCUCCAUGCCGGUUUCAUGGCUUUUUCCUAGGGAGAAGAAGCCUUCUUUUUUUAGUUGAUGCCUAAAUACCAUUGACAGGAAUUUUUCUAAGUUCCUGUGAGUUAGAAAUUCAUCUAAGUCAUCUCUAGUGUAAGACCACGACCUUUUUUCUUAAGGGGAAUGUCUCAGUAGCAGUUGUUUUGUGUUUAACAGCUUUUUGCGAUGGCAGAUUGUUCUGGGUAAGCAAAUAAUAAUCUAUACACAGCAGAUAAACAAUGAAAAAUGGGAUUUCACUGUGGUUCUGUUAGCCAGCUAGUGGGAGCAGAAGUUCAGGCUUCUCCAGAUGCUUGCUUCAGUUGGAUGCAGGUGAGGGAAUGCUCUGUAGCCACCUCAGUGCCCACAGGCAACUGAUGGGCAAAAAUGGAGGCAGAGGCUAAAUUGAGGCACUUGGGAAAAUAUACAAUCUGUUUUAAAGUUGAUAGAUGGUUAAAAAUGGGGGAUUUAACUUGCCUGCAUGUCAAUCUUAUGAUCAAAACAAACCCUUUCAAAAAUGACUGAUGUUUCAAAUACGCUCAGCUGAAAGCAGAGCUGUUUCAACAGUAUCAGAGCCAGAUCCUGAGAAAUGUCACAUUGUACAGAAGCCAGUAAAAUCCACUGAAUUAUAUUGGUUUCCAGGACACAGAUGUGAUUAAAUAAGAAGAAUAGUUUGCAUUUUAUUUGAUAAAAAUAAGUUGCUGAAUAAAUCUCAUUGAGAAACAAAUUAAUGUAACAAACAGCAACUGAAGUCCUUUGGCAAUUGGAUUUGGUCUUAGGCAGGAUUCGGGUCAUUAUUUUUUCUAUCAUACCAUACAAAUAAAUCUCUUAUCCAUUCUGGAACAGCCACAGUUUUGAUAACCCAGGCCCUGUUUAUAAUCUGGGGCACUGGGCCAGUGGCUGGCAAGGGGCUGGCUGGCUGUGUCUGACCUCUCUGAAUUCCUGAUCCAUUGCUGAUUGCUGGUUGCUGUUUUACUUUAAAGCAGUUUAAUCUCAUGUAGAGUAUGUGGAGCUGUUGCAAGUGCCUCUCAUGGUGUGCCCAGGCUCUCUUAUGUUCCUAGCUCCAUGGUUGUAUGUUUGUUAAAAAAACAACUGUCUGAGGCAGGUUCCCCUUUUCCUCCCCACAAUACUUUCUACAAGCUAUUUUUGUGAUAGUUUGGUCUUGCAUCCCACAGUGCUCAUAUUUUGGUCCAAUUUUCUUCUCAGUUAGCUGUUAAUCCAUCCAACAGAAUGUGAUUUUUUUAAUUUAAGACAAAAAGUUGCUUCCGAAAGUAAAUAUUUAAAGAACAGGGUGUGCUUUCCCCUUUCUUCUUUUACUUUUCGCUGGCAUCAUCACCACAAUUUUAUGCAUUCUGAAAUAUUCUCUGUGUUUUCACAGUUUUGGAGACACAAAACCUCUAUAUGGUAGCUAUGAUAGAAAAGCUUUAGGUGAAAAACACAUUGAUUCAGGAGAUCUGAGGGGUGGCCAUUGCUCCAGCCAGGAUUUUUAGCAUCAGCUUUGGGAUGGAUUACCUGAAUUCUGGCUGCCCACAGAGGGUAGCUCAGCAGGUGGAUGCUCAGCAUUGAGAAGGCUUUUAUGUGGACAGCAGUGGGUGCGUGAAGUCACUUUUGAAAAACCUUGAUCCCAAGCUACUACAACCUGGCUAUUUAGUGCAUUGUAUCUAUUUUAAGGUGCUGUGAAUGGGCUGUAGAUCUGUGUUUAAAAUGAACAGCUGACAUGCUGGAUAUGGUCCUGUCCUGUGCAGUGAGCAGCAAGCCCUCACCAGCUCAGAGCAGGAUGACAGACGUUAAGAAAUAUCCAUUUCUUUUGGUCUAUUGGGUGUGCUGUUUUGACAGAGCCAAAAAAAUCUCUCUUUGCGCUGCAGCCACACAGGAGGACGUUCAGGGUUGUUCAUCCUCAUCCACCACCUGCAGUGGGGGACAGCCAGGGAAUUGGGUUGGUUUUAGCCUCUAACUCCUCCCAGCUGGAGAAGAAGAGGGGCUGCUCUGCUCCUGAGUUCUGCCUCUCUCCUGGCUCCAUUUCUGCUGUGAUCCUGGGAGACAAACGAGCAGCACGCAGCCACAGCAAAAUGUAAAAUACAGAUAAAAUAAAAUACAGAAGUGCCCGUGGGGCUGCAAGGGCCACCUGGGGAGCUGCUGUUGUAGAAGAGUUUGUAUUAAUUAUGAGCACAGAGAGGACCCAGUGGGAGAAUUUUGCUCCUCACCUCUGUCCCCAGCCCCCCCAAGAGGCUGGAGCAGUGAUCCUCAUCUCUGAGCAGCUGAUGCCUCCCUGUCCUUUGGCAGGGCCAGCGCUGAGCCCAGCAGUGCUGGUGGCUCUGUACUUGGCACGAUACCCACAGCUGUGGGGUCAUUCCCCCCAGUGGCCCCAAGCACCUUAACCUGGAGUGCAGGCUGGAUUUGGCCCAUCUGAACACGGUGGUGGGAUGUCCCCCAAACCUGGCUCAGUCCAUGCUUCAGCCUCUUCAUCCAUUAUGACAGAAAUGUGCAAACUGCCUGAACCAUGCGCUGUGUAAGGCAAGUGAAAUAAAUAAUCCACAAGCAGAAGUGCUUUUAGAAGUAAGUUAACCCCAGAUGUUUUAGGGUUUCACUGUAGUCUGCUGCACUUUUCAGGUACAAAAAGGGACUGUCCUUACUAUUACUCUUGUUACAGAGAGUGUUAUUUUCUUACAUGCAUGCACAAUACAAUGUGUACGAAUAAUUUAACAUCAAUGUGGGGUUGGAUUUUUUUUUUAACCUAUUUGUAUGCAGUAGAAGGCUUGUUGUAGAAAAGUAUCUCCUCAUACUUAAAUAUACUGUUAAUAAAGAAAAAAAGAUAAAUUAUACAUUGCCAACACA